CGGCUGGCUUCCCAGUUGCUCCCAUUUAACCCAUCCCCUUUCUGCCCGUCCCUGCCUGCCGCACAAAGAACUCACGAUCCCCCUUCUUGGUUCCUCCCAGUCCUCCUGCUCCCGCGCGCCGCCCAUUGAAAAGAAGCCCGGCUUCCGCACCAGCUCGACCACCUGCGCCCGGCCACGGAUUCGACUCCCGACCGGCCUGCCGACCAAUUGGCGCCCUAACUGCUCCGCCCCUGGUCCGUCCUCCUCCUCGUCGUCGUCCAACCCCCUCGAAGCGGCCAACCAGCAUCGCCGAUUAAAUGCUUGUUUUGCAUCGAUAAACACAGAAAAAACCCUCCUUCUCUCUCUUUGCCUCUCCCUUCGCCUUGUCCACCGCAAGGAGAGCUGCCAAACAGAGAUUGGGUUGGGGAAAGUCAACAGCCAAGGUUCUAGGCACGAAAGACAAAAAAGCCAUCAAAGGCAAAGGGAGAAAGGAAAAAAGAAGACACACAGAAGGACCAAAAAACGGGACGGGACGGCAAAGAAACACCAGCUAUCGGGAAAAGCGAUCAUUUCACAGACAACAAACACUCUGUCUCAGGACGCUGUCUCCAUUCUUUGGCUCAUUUCUUGUCUGGGACCGGACCACCUGAUCAGACGUUGAACCUUGUCACCAGUUUCUCGAACCGCCUCUCGACUCACUUUUGAGAUUCAUCUGCACCCCGCCUGUUAACCAGCGGCUUUUCACGUUUCGACCAUUUUACAAUACUCUCGAGCCGACAAACACGCCUCAUCAACGAUGAGCGCUCCUGCAUACGAGAAGAAGGCGACCGUCACGCCCCCGGCGGUCGCCGUCCACACCACACGGAUACACGAAAAGUCGUCCAACGAAACGAUGGGCAGCCGGACGCUGUCUCCCCCAACCGAUAACGACAGGAGUCGGAGUGGCGCCGGGAGGUGCUCUGAUGUUUCGACACCGACGAGCGCGACGGCAAACCUCAACCCUUUCGACACGGAUAUUGAGGCCAUGGCCAUGCACCCGACGGACACGAGGGAACUCAGCCACCCACAGACGCGAUCGGGGCUUGUGCGUUGCUCGACAAGCCUUGUGAGGGACGGCAGUAACCAAGACUGCCAGGUUUGGCCCGGCCGGGACCACUGGAAGACCAAGGCGAAGGCCCGCAAGCGGAAGAACGCAAGCUGCAACUGCCUCUCCAGCCUAAGCAAUCGGAACCGCAUGAUUGUUAAGAUUCUCAUCGUUGUGCUCAUCCUUUGCCUCGGUGUCGGUGUUGGCCUCGGGGUCAGCAGAUCUCUCAACGCUAGGAUUUGGACCGGCAAUCAAUAAGGCCGACUUUGCCUCCUCAUACAAAGCAUCACACAAGGUUCUUGAACCUGUUGUAUCAAUUUUCGUUGUCGUUUUUGAGGUCACCAUAAGCUUUGACCCCCGAGGGCGCCAGCUUCCCCAAGAGCGAAUUUAUAUAUAUCGUGUCCUCGUCUCGCUCGGCACACCACUCCGCCCUGUUACCACCGCGGUCACUGCUCUGGGGCCUCACUACGCCCCCAUCGGUUUUUCGUCUCCGUCCCCCGCCUCUUCUCUUCUUUGCAAAUAUUGUAUCUUCUACAUAGAGGACAACACCCGGCCAUGUCAACGGCUGGGAGUAUUCAAGAGACAUAGGGUGCUUGCUAUUUUUCUUACCCUUCUCUUCCUGUUUCAUGUCCAUUUUCCUCCCGGAGUUUUGCAUGGCGUUUUUUUUUCUUUCACAAAGGGACACACAGCACCGGCGUCCAGGACUCGCUUGUCUCCUUGGUCUAUCACAUUCUGUACCUCGUGGCUUUCGGUUCGUUCUCCCCCUGGCCGCGAAACACCGUUGCUACAAGUCGCGCUUGCUUCGGCCUCCCCCAUCACGUCGUUCCACACCGGCACCAGUAUAUAAGAAGCGAAUGAGGGAAGAGUGGCAGCGACGGGCCCCCGCCCAGGCUCGUCGCGGAGGGGCAGUUAAUAUGUGUCAGUGUUCAGCGUCUGGGGAGCCUGACCGUUGUUGUUCAAAUUAGAGGAGGUCUAGCAUAUAGAACUUCUGCCAGAUUGGCCGUUGCACGGAUGGAGGGCAAGCAAGGAAAUCUGCCACACGAAGGCAUUGGACAAAACAAGCGCAUCCACCCUCUGUUUGGCAUCCUAUCGUGAACCGUACUCCUCCUUGCAGUCCAGGUUAGAGCUUCCCGUGGACCCCUUUACCAGGGAGCCAGGGGAGACGAGAAGCUAGGCGAGAGAGGCCGGGCUGGGGCUCGGGACCCUGCAUUGGCCAGCAGCGGUCUUUGGCACAGGGCUAAUAGGCACACAUCCUAGGCCGCCAGAGAGGCGCAACCAGACCACCGGGAGUGAGCUGCCGACUCCCAUCAGCCAAGGGGUAGGUGGUUGCUAGGUACUCGGCGUGAUAGAUGAUACAUGGAUGAUGGUAUGCACAUGAUGGACUUGUCAUCAUCUUCAGAGCCGUGAAUGGCUCCUUGGCCCCUUGAACUAGAGUUUUACCGUUUUACAGUUUACAUGACAUAAGAAUGGCAGGGCA